UUGCAAUUCGGUGUACAGAAAGGUUCGCUACUGGUUUGGAAGAAGUACGCGGAAUCAGCAUCUCACAAUGAAGGAAGGGUACGUGGUCGGGGAGGAGUCCCGGAACAGUGGCGGGUGUUCCCCGUUGCUGAAGGGCAUCAUCAUCGGCGGUCUCACCGCCAGUGUCGUGGUCGGCUUGGCCUUCUUCCUCGUCACUCUCACCAAGGCUGAGUACAGCACCGAGAAGGAUGUGUCCUGCAUCCGGGACGAGAUGAAGGAGAUGUGCUGCCGCAUCUCGGCUCUGGAGAAGAUCGCUAAGGACUGGGAGUGCGAGUGUGAGAAAAUGAAGCAGAAGUUAGCGGAGGCAGAGCAGGAGGACUGUGACAAGGCUGAGCAGCAGCAGCAGGAGCUGGAGGCCACGGCAGCCGCAGCCUCGGAGGCGGCAGAGACGGUGGCACGGGCAAAGAGGGCCGCUCUCACUCUCGAGAAACUGUUUGAUCUUCCUAACAACUUGGUGGAGGUGAACUAGGUCAUCAAAGGGCCGAGACCCCUCGGACCUACCCGGCUGACAACCGUCAAACAGAGCGGGUGAAGGACAAGUGAAGAGACGAAAGUCAGGUAGCCAGCGAGAAAGGAAAUAAAAUUGUAGGAAGAGGUUUUUGCCGUACGACA